GCUGGGAAUGAAAUGAACACAAAAAUAAAAAUAAAUAAAUGAAAUCAUCAAAACUGCAAUAAAAUAGCCUGAGUUGCAGCUGGUAGAGGAAAAAUCAAACUUAUUUAAUACACGGUGGAGAAAAUGGGUGCGUGAAAUGGCAGCAGAAGUCAGAAAUUUCUCUUCGACGAACGCAACUAUUCCCGCGCUUUCAUCAAAGGAAAGACCACGUGAUAAGUUGAAUGCCAUAGAAAAUAUCGACCAAUCAACAAACAGUUUUCAGUUGCUCUGAAGAGAACUGCAUAAUAUCGAUGUUCACAGCCUGUCGACGUUCGUAGCUGCAAAAAAUGGGCAUGUCGUCUCUGUUUUCCGUUGACACUAGCUAAAUGGAUCACGAGAAUGCCAAAUAAAGGGAAGAAAGAGAAGGCUUCCAAAAGUGGGGGAAAUGCUAAACAAGCGAAUAAAGAAAAUGGAGACGCUGUCAGUGACGAGGCAAAGCCAAAGUCUCAGCCUGUUUCUCAUCCUCCGAGUCAAGCAGUGAAGCUCAGGCAAUAUGCAAAUGGACCGUCAAUUAUGAGGAAGGAGAAGCGGCAAAGUUCGUCGUCUUUCAAUGUGAGCGACAAUCGAGAGAUAGUGAAAUUGCCUCCUUUGAAAGGUAAGAUUACGCCGCGCUAUUCGAGAAAACAUUUUCCUAUUCUUUUGCACGUUUUAAAUACCCAGGGGUAUUCAGAACGUGCUAUAUUUGAAGCGAAAAUUGUUUUUUAUUCGAAAUGGUAAUCGUUUGCCCUUUUCAUUGUUGUAUUCAGGCGGCUUUCGCGCAAAUUGCUCUAUUAAUGCUUGUCGCACUGGGGUCUUUGCUAUGUUAGGAAAAAUGUACCCUCUGCUUUCGCCUCGGGUCAGUUUUGUUUACAAUUUUAUCCAUUUUGUAACGCUGGUUAGUGUUUUCGUUUUGUAACUGCUACCAUUUUGCAGCAACAUCUAGAGACAUUGCUCUGAAUUAACGGAAGAUUGUUGAAAUAAUGCCCGAAAUACGGUAACGAUAUUUAGGUGAAUAUUUUAAAACUAAACUAAGGAACUUACUAAUCUGAUAAAUUCGUUUAGAAAUGUUCAGUCCUGACACUGCAGCAGUCCCCGGCCUGCGAGCCACAAAAAGCCAUUUUUGUUUUUCAGUCUGUCAAAAAACGUAACCGCGUGUGUUAUGGUUGGAAAUCUUUUUACAGAUAACAGAAAAAUUCUCAGGUGGAUACUACUGUAAACAACACUUCGGAUCGACUUCAAAUAUAUAAUUCUUCAAUUAAAAAUAAGUUGCAAUAGGGUUAGUGUUGUGAGACAAAUUUUUCGAUUGGUAACGUGUAUUUUUUGGCCAUGAAAAGGCGUUUAAAAUCGUUGCAUUUGUGAUUUCGGAAAGCGAUGCCAAGAUGUUUUUCAUUGGCGCAUCACUGGAGGUCAUAUUUACCUAAGAGUACACAUUGUAAGAGUAAACAAUAGGGAAAACGAUUUGUGCCUAAAAGGGUGUCAAUUGAGCUGGUCAGAUUUUUUUUUCUUGAGAAAGAGAAUAUCAGAUAUAGAAUAGUUUAGCAACUGAUGGAAAAAAUUCAAAUAAUUAAUACCACAUUACCUUUUUGUUUUGGAAAUCUCCACACCUGUGGUAUAUAUUUUUUUGUAGAUUAUUCUUUGCUGACAAAGAUUAUUCUCUUAGGAAGCUAGAGAUAAACCAAAGGCUAAGUUUCUAAUUAUCUUUGUACUGUUUUCCCCUGUAAAAAGUAGUCAUUAGUAGGGUGCAGGUGAUUUGUACAAUGCGCUUAUGGCUUUGCACUGGUUUGUCCCUUUCUCGGUAAAAGUUUCCAAGACGUGCCCAAAAUGAUAGUUGUCCAGUUGAAAGCUGAGCUUAUUGAUGGCAAAUUUCUGUUAAAAAGUGGCCAUUAAACUCGGUAUAUUUUCCUUGAUGCAAUAAUGAUGACAAUAUACUAACUGAAUUACGCUUUACAUGAAUGUUUUUUUGAUAACUCAAUGUCCUUUUUUGAUCCAUUGUGCAGUUGAGAGCGAAAUGCUAAUUUCCUGCUGGUGAAGGGUAUUCAUGAGUUCUCCAUUUGUAUUUGUAUUAAAAUCCUACUAUUUUGAGAUAAGCAGUAGAAAUGUGUUUUGUUGUUUCACAAUAAUAUUUGUUUGAUGGUUCCUAAAUGAACAGCCUGUAAACACAGACAGAUUUUUAUCAGUUGCGUCACAAUACCGCUGACAACCUGUCAAUAUUAGACAGCUUCCCAAAAAGUGCUCCUGUGCAAGGUUUAAAAUAAUUUUGUUUGUUUUUUUUUAAUAAUCAUUUCUUAUUUUCAAUGUGGUUUGCAUUAUUCUUGGAAUAAAUAAUAUACAAAAAAAUUAUUCUUGGAAUUCCUGGAAAAUACCUGGAAUUUUAGAAUUAUCUUCUAGGAUACCUGAGUGUUCCUUGAAAAUAAAUAUUCCUUUUUUGCCCCUUCUCCUAGAAAACUUUUGGAAUUUUGUGUGCAUCUUAGGAAAAAAUAAAGAAGAAUAAAAUUGCUUUUGAAACCUCUCCCACAACACUUAAUACAUUCUUAAUAAUUCAGUUGCUUGCAAAGCAUAUUUUCAACCAUUUACAGUUCAAAAUUUCUAGUAAGUUCUACUGGUUCUGAGAAUUUUAUAUCCUGGAGAGGUCUAUGAAUUCCUUCAUCUAUGAGAAGUAUAACCCAAGUAAAGAAACGGAAUGAAGUUAUUGUUGCUCUCUGUGGGUACCUUGACCUUACUGUGGCAACAAUGCUUGAGACACUUGAAGAUCUAGAGAGUUGUUCUACUGGGUGUCCUAACACCUGCUAGGGUGUUCUUAAAACAUGAAAUGGUGAAGUGGCACUGCAGUAGAGCUCACUUUAGCCUACAUGUAAAUACCAGUGACUCAACAGUGGUUAGCUCACAAUAACAGAUUGCAGGUUUGGGAUCAAGUUUCAUGUUCACACAGAUUGCACCCUGUAAAACUCUUUCAUUCCACUAAACCUAACAGUUUUACUAUAACAGUUACCUUAAAUAGUAAAUGGUUUGAACCCAGGAGUAUCACGAGUUUUUCUUGUGUGAUCGUUUGGGUGAGGGUAGUUCUGAAAUGAGCAGAACUGAUCUUCAGAGUCAAGUGGAUAGUGUUAAUCAGGCGAUGAUGUUAUAAGUCUGGCCUGUUGAACAAACCAGCUGAUGCUAGGAUUGCUUUCUUCUAUUUACUGUAAAUCCUUGAAUUAGUACCCAGGGCACUUAUUUCAAAUUUGGGAGAAGACUCGGUCAUUCGCGGGAGGUGCUUAAUUGAGGGGAAGA